GUUUGGGAUGGUCUGUGUGUAACUAUCCCUUAAAAAUAUAAUAAUUUACAGAUAAAUUUUAUAAACUAUUAGCUGCUCAUCUUCCGCGGACAAAAAGAUUCGUCCCCAUCAGAGCAAAAGGACAAGAGAGCAACACAGAGGUGGCUGGCCAUGCUCUUAGAGUCGCCCGCCAUUUGUUCUCCGUGGCUCCUUGCUCGUUCUUCGUUUCACGACUCUCAAUCAUUAUGGAAAAAGUGAAGAAUGGAUCAGAAACCAUCGUGUCCCGAACCCUAACUCCUUCCCCCUAAUGGGCGACCAAUGUUCUCGUUCGGCAGGAAGAAGUUCAGCCGCUCGCGUGACAUGACGAUGAGUUCGGUUCGCCGACCGAAACUGGAGCGGAGGAAUGCCAGUAAGAAGAUCGAUUACGACGCUUCGCGGGCGCCGAGCUCGUCGGACGAGACGCCGGCGCUGGUAGCCCAUUCUCUGGACCUCUCGCCGGCGGCAUACUCAGACCAAACGAGUUUCCGCAUAGGAGGUAGCAUCGAAGGCGAGGUUGAACUCCUCUAUCGCAGCCUAGGUCUCUCCGGUCCUGAGGACUUCGCGAUCCCCGCAGCCGCGUGGGAGGCCUCCCUUAAGGCGCGUUCCUCCUGCGAUCUUAUCCUUUGCUCCCGAUUCGUCUGCUCUGAAAGCUCAGCCGAGCCGCAGCAAAAUCCGCCUCUCACCGCAGAUAGUCUGGCCGAUGGGGAGAAGCCAAUGGUGGAUGACAAGGCAGCGAAGAUCUCGCACCUUUUCGGUGGCGGAGGUGGCGUUGGAGAUGGAGGGAUUAAGAGCACUAGACCACCCGUCCUCGCUACUCCUCAGGGACCGAUUUCUGCGCUUUACCCACCGCCUGGAAGGUCAGUCCUUAAGCCGCCGGCUUUCAUGAAACAGUAUGUUCCUGAAAGAACGACCUCCCCGUGGGAUAUUGCUUCGGCUAACGAGAAUGAUGAUGGAACGGAGAGAAAAUUGUUUAAUUUGGAUGAGAAGGCCGAGAAAGAAGGAGAUGAAAGAAUGGGUUGUGGAGAAGCCUCAGUGCGUUUUGGGGAGACAUCGGAGGAUUGCACCGGAUCAUUCUCGACUUCUAAUGAUGAUGAUUCGUCCAGCACCACUACGGAAUCGAUGUUUGUAAUUUCACCUUACGAACGGCUUCAGAAGAUUAUUGGAUCGUGGAUGCGGGGGCAACUUCUCGGGACCGGUUCCUUUGGGACAGUUUACGAAGGAAUCAGCGAUGAUGGUAGAUUUUUCGCUGUUAAAGAGGUAUCUUUGCUCGAAAAAGGAAGUUGUGCUCAACAAUGUAUUCUACAACUUGAACAGGAGAUUGCACUUUUGAGUCAAUUUGAGCAUGAAAAUAUUGUUCAGUAUUAUGGAACGGACAAGGAAGAAUCAAAACUAUUUAUCUUCCUUGAACUUGUAACGCAAGGUUCUCUGGCCUCUCUCUAUCAAAAAUAUAAGCUGCGCGAUACACAAGUCUCGGCGUAUACUAGGCAGAUCUUAAAUGGAUUACAAUAUCUUCAUGAGCGGAAUGUGGUGCACCGAGAUAUCAAAUGCGCCAAUAUAUUGGUUCAUGCAAACGGGUCUGUAAAACUUGCAGAUUUUGGAUUAGCGAAGGAGAUAUCCAAACUCAAUGAUCUGAAAUCUUGUAAAGGAAGUGUAUACUGGAUGGCUCCUGAGGUUGUCCAUCCUAAGAAGGCAUAUGGGCACGCGGCUGAUAUAUGGAGCUUGGGUUGCACUGUUCUAGAGAUGUUAACACGACAGAUUCCUUAUCCCAAUGUGGAGUGGCAACACGCCUUCUUCAAAAUUGGACAAGGUGAUCAGCCUCCUAUUCCAACUAAUUUAUCCAAACAAGCACAAGAUUUUAUCAGAAAAUGUGUUCAGGUGGAUCCAAAUUGUAGGCCCACUGCAGCCCAGCUAUUAGAUCAUCCUUUUGUAAGGAGACCUAUGAAAAUCCACAACCAAUAAUAAUUCAUUCUUCCUAGACAGAUCUCUUCAUUCUUUGGCAAAGCUGUUGCUGGGGUGUAUAGGGCCUCGUUCCUGGUUUUGCAUUCUGGCAGAGCUUAAGCUGCGGUUAUUCUUAGCAAUCUUAUAUAUUGAAGCAGAAAAUAGCUAAUUGGAUUCUCAGUUUAUUUGUUUUUGGAUCGGCAUGCAGUACUGAAAUCUUUUCAGAGGUAAAUGUAUGUAAGUGCUCGGUCUUCCGCAAGUUAUCAAAUUUAUUUCUGUAGAGUACAAUUAGCUCUGCUCCUGAAAGUUGGGUCCAAAUUGUAGUAAUUCAUUGAUUUUUAAUUUUUUUAUUUUUUUGGUGAUGCUUUCUCUUUUAUAAAACAUGAGCGUUUUGACUCAUUCUCCAAAGAAUAUCAUAAAUGAUUGAACUAAUUGG